UCCGCUAUUUACGUGUUAUUAUCUUUCGCGUAGAAAGUGUAAGUUUCAAAAAGCGAAAUUGGACCAUUCUCGAUUUGAAUUAUUAGAGUUGUUUUGUUAAUGCAAUUAUGCCUCCCGUACCAAGUGGAAAAGCUGUAAAAAAAGCCGGCAAGGCACAAAAGGCUGUUCGUACCGGUGAUAAACGCAAAAAGAGGAAGCGUAGGAAGGAAAGUUUCAGCAUUUACAUCUACAAAGUUUUAAAACAGGUGCAUCCAGAUACUGGUAUUUCUAGUAAGGCUAUGUCUAUUAUGAAUAGCUUUGUAAAUGAUAUUUUCGAACGUAUUGCUGCAGAGUCUUCUCGCCUGGCCCAAUAUAAUAAACGUUCUACUAUUACAAGCCGAGAAAUCCAGACUGCUGUACGCUUAUUGCUACCUGGUGAAUUGGCGAAGCAUGCUGUAUCUGAAGGUACUAAGGCUGUUACUAAGUAUACGAGCUCCAAAUAAUUUUUAAAGUUCUUGUUCAGCUUCAAAGUUUUUAAAUUUUGAAAAUUGAGCAUUUUUUUAUAUUCUUCUAAUUUUUCUUUGACUAAGUUUGGAAGUUCAGAUAGCUGAAUAUAACGAAACUUUUGCUGUACAGUAUUGCAUCUUUUUCAGUGUUGUCUGUGAUUUGCUUUUUUAAAUUGUGCCCCUAAUAUUAUCUUUUUAUCGGCCGUAUUGACAUUUUGCAAUUUUGAAAGUAAAGAAUAUGAAAUUCAUCAACAUAUUGUCAAAAUACUCACGUGUCAUGUUUUCAAAGUGUUCAUUCCAUUUUCUAUAUUAUGUUAACUGAAUAAAGAUGCUAUAACGAUUUGAAAA